AUGAGCUCUCAAGGCCCCUCUACACCUACUACAGCACUUGCUUCAAUGGUAACCAGUGCCUUUGCGUCAUUUUCGGUUAAACCUGCUGGCUUGGAGAAUACAUACCCGGGCUCCAAGAAAGAAGGAUCAUAUGGUAAAAGCCUUGUUAGUCCUUUAGAAACGAGUGUGGUUCACGAAGUUUCCCGUCGCUCCGAUUCUGCCGUUGUUUUGUGUUCGACAGUCUUUUGCGAUAAAUUUCUAAAAUGUAAAUGUCUCGGCGACGGCGCCUAUGGAUUGGUCUACCUAGUGGAAGAAAUAACCACAGGAAAGAAGUUCGCUCUCAAGUUAGAAAAGUCAAAUACAGGGAAGUUGCGGCAGGAAAGCCCAAAUGAAGGUGUACUUCAAGGAUAUCAUCCUCGGAAUUCAUUACUUGAAAACAUAAUCCUCGGUUGCGAGCCUGAAAGGCGUAUGAAGCUCUCAGAUUUCGGCUUUUCUCAAAAGUUGAAACCGCGCAAAAGGAUUCACAAGGAUACCGGAAAAGGAACUAUUCCUUGUAGGUUCCCUCUCCGUCCUAUGGCGUUCAACAAUCUUGCACCAGAGUGCUUCUCAAGAGACGCCAAGAUUAUUGGUAUAGGGCUUGAAGUCGAUAUCUGGGCGGCAGGCGUAGUCCUUUUUGAGUGCUUGAAAGGGUACUCCCCCUUUGACGGUGAUGAGAAGGAUGGCCAAAAAGGGAUUGAUACAAUAAAGCAAAGGAUCAAAGAAUAUAGAUUCAUAGAUCCACCUCUAGAGGAUUCAGUGAAGGUGAGCCCAGAGGCGGAAGAUUUAAUCAUAGGGAUGUUGAAAUUCGACUUGGGCGAAAGGUGGACAGCCGAGCACUGUCUUCAACAUCCCUGGAUUACUGGCCACCCGCUCUCAUGA